UGUUUUAUAUGUACUCGUUCGUCAAUUAAAAUUCGAUUAAACCAAUUGUGCCAAGUAAAUUCGUUUUGUUUGGUGAAAAAAAUUCACUCUUAUUCCGGUGCCAUAUUGCUGCGGAAUGGGGUGCAUUUUUGCGAUAGUCGUACUGAUCGUAAUAUUUAUCAGCCUAAACAAAAUUGUUUGUUUCUACUGCCGCAGCAAAGUGUGCAUGGUUGGAAAAACCGCAAUUGUGACUGGCGGAGGUUCAGGAAUCGGUUACCAAAUAGCACUAGAUCUAGCUUCCAAAGGAUGCCGCAUAAUUAUAGCCGACGUUGUUAAUUACACUGAAGCUGCGAGAGAUGUUGCCAAAGAAACCCACAAUCCCAAUGUAAUUGGCAUGAAGCUAGAUAACCAAUCUUUCACGUUAGUUCGGGAAUUCGCCCAGCAUAUAAUAGACAACGAGCCACGACUAGACAUACUCAUAAACAAUGCCGGUAUCGCAUCCACAGUGAAGACGUAUACCCAAGAUGGUCUCCACAGAACGAUGCAAGUAAAUUAUUUUAGUCAUUUCCUGUUGACGCAUCUACUUCUUGACCUUCUGAAGAAAUCUAAACCGAGCAGAAUCAUUUUUACCAGCUCAAUUAUCGCUUACAUAACAAACCUCAAUGUAGAAGAUAUGAACCUACAAGGCUCAGACGACUCGUUAUGGAAUGCGAUAAAGGAGAGCGCGUACGGGUAUUCCAAACUUUGCCAAGCCGCUGCCGCGAAGACGUUCGCCGUCAAGCUUAAAGGAACCGGAGUGACUGCAAACGCGUUUCAUCCGGGUGGUGUGAGAUCGAAAAUAUUCUUCCGGGCUCUUAGGGAGGAGAGCCGUUGGCUUCCAGUUUUUAUGGGGUUAUUCACUUGGACUUACGGAAAGAGCACGGAAGAAGGGGCACAGACCGCAGUUUAUUUAGCACAAGCCGACGAAGUUGAAAAGGUAACGGGAGCUUUCUUUCAGGAAGGACGGGCGGUGUUUCAGCCUUUGCAAUUGCGAUCAGAAGACACGUGCCAAAAAAUAUGGCGGAAUUCGGUCAAGUACACGAAACUUGAACCGAGCGAAGUAAAGUGUUAACAUAGUAUUUUCCUUUUUCAUUAAUAAAUGAUAUUUUCUUUUUUUUUUACUUUUACAAACAAUCGAUUUAUUCUAUGUUUGGUUAGUUUUGGAAAUACUGUACAUUGCUGUUGUAAAACCAGAUUUUUUUUGUAAAUUAC